UAAAGUGAGCGGUUGGGUGGUUGUGGCGAGAAAAAAGGCGGCCGGUUUCCUUCCUAGCUGAGGAAGCCGCGGCGGCGCCUUUGGCAAGUUUGGGAGCCGGUCAGGCAAAGCGAAUGGCGGGCAGCGGCGAAAGAGAAGGAGGGCAGUGAUCCCCAAGCGGGGCCGGGAGCGGGAGUGUGUGUGUGUGUGGGGGGGGGGGGGGGCGGGAGGGAGGAGGAGGAGGAGGAGGAGAAGCGCGGCUGAGGCGGACGGCGUGUUUGUUUUCGGGGAAGCGUGUGUGUCGUGUGAGGGGAAAGCCGCCACUCUCGCCCGCCCGCCCGCGCGUGCGCGCGCACUUCUUUUCCUCCCUUGUGUGUACGUGCGUGCGCGCGAACGAGCGCGCGCGGCUCUCACUAUAUAGCGGCUCGCCUGUGUGUGCGAGAGGCUGUUGGUGUGACUGUGGCGCUGACAUCUCUUCGCCGGGGGUUUGUGCCUUGUGUUUUUAUUUUCCCAGGGAAAAGCGAGACCCCCCCCCCCCCCCCCCCCCCCCCCCCACCGCUCUCUCUCUCUCUCUCUCUCUCUCUCUCUGCCUUUCUCUCUCGCCCCCUUCCUCUCCCCGGACCCUUCUCUGCCUUCGUCCCUUCAGGGCUGCCCUUCCCGCCUGCUUGCCUGCCGGACGGACGGACGGCCCGCCCCCGCCUCAGCCGUUUAAUACCUUUCGGGUGGCCGCCUGCGCCUGGACUCGCCUCGGCGGCUCCCCGCUCGUUCGUUCUUUCUUUCGCUCCGGCGGCGGCAGCCCAGAGCCCCGGACCUUGGAGGGGGGUUCGAGCGGCAUGCUGCUGGAUGCGGGGCCGCAGUUCCCCGCGCUGGGAGUGGGCACGUUCGCCCGGCACCCGCCCCCGUCGGCGGCGGAGAUGCAAGAGCGCGAACUGAGCCUGCAGAACAGCUUCGUGGACUCGGCGGCGGCGGCGGCGGCGGCUCACCUGGGGGCCUUCAAGCUCAACGCGGCGGCGGCGGCGGCGGCGGCUCACGAGCUCUCCCCGGGACAAGGCUCGGCUUUCAGCUCGCAGGCACCGGCUUACCCGCACGCCGCCCAUGUCGGCUCCUACUCCGGGCCGCCUUUCAACUCCCCGCGGGACUUCUUGUUUCGGAGCCGAGGCUUCGGGGAGCCGGCGGCGGGAGGCGGCGGACAGCACGGGCUCUUUGGGGCGGCGGCAGCGGCGGCCACCGGCAGCCUCCACCACCCGCACGCGGAGGCGCAGAGCCACCUGCUCUUCCCGGGCAUCGGAGAUCAGCAUGGCGCUCCCGGUUCCCCCAACGUACUCAACGGGCAGAUGCGCUUGGGCUUACCCGGAGAAGUCUUCGGCCGGUCGGAUCAGUACCGGCAGGUGGCCAGCCCCCGAACUGAUCCUUACUCGGCGGCCCAGCUGCACGGCCAAUACGGCCCCAUGAAUAUGAACAUGGGCAUGAACAUGGCGGCACACCACGCUCACCACCCGCACGCCCACCCGCACGCCCACCACCACCACCACCAUCACCACCACCACCCCGGGGCCUUCUUCCGCUACAUGCGCCAGCAAUGCAUCAAGCAGGAGCUGAUCUGCAAGUGGAUCGACCCGGAGCAGCUCAGCAGCCCCAAAAAGAGUUGCAAUAAAACUUUCAGCACCAUGCACGAGCUGGUCACCCACGUCUCCGUCGAGCACGUCGGGGGCCCCGAGCAGAGCAACCACAUCUGCUUCUGGGAGGAGUGUCCGCGCGAAGGGAAGCCCUUCAAGGCCAAGUACAAGCUGGUCAACCACAUCCGCGUGCACACGGGCGAGAAGCCUUUCCCCUGCCCCUUCCCGGGAUGCGGCAAGGUCUUCGCCCGCUCCGAGAACCUCAAGAUCCAUAAAAGGACGCACACAGGGGAAAAGCCCUUCCAGUGCGAGUUCGAAGGCUGUGACAGGCGCUUUGCCAACAGCAGCGACCGGAAGAAGCACAUGCACGUCCACACUUCGGACAAACCCUACUUGUGCAAAAUGUGUGACAAAUCUUACACCCACCCCAGCUCUCUGCGGAAACACAUGAAGGUUCAUGAAUCUUCCCCACAAGGCUCCGACUCCUCGCCUGCUGCCAGCUCUGGCUACGAAUCCUCCACCCCUCCCGGCUUGGUGUCCCCCAGCACAGAGACCCAAAGUACGGCCGCCUCCAACUUGUCUCCGGCAGCUGCUGCGGCCGCCGCCGCCGCCGCAGCGGUGGCGGCGUCUGCAGUUCAUCGGAGCGGUAGCAGCAGCGGCACGGGUGGCUCGGGCGGCGGCGGCGGCGGCGGCGGUGGCGGCGGAGGGAGCCACAGUAGCCUCACCUCCAAUUUCAACGAGUGGUACGUCUGAGGACGCCCAGUGCUGCUGCCACUCUUCUUGGAUCCCUGGGGGCCAAGCAGUCGGAGUCCGUUUUGCAACUCUCUGUUUUGUCUCUCAUUCACUCUCUUUUUUCUCCUUUUGCUUGAAUUCGAAACAUUCCGAAGCAGAGAGAAAGAGAAAGAUUGAGAGAGAGAGAGAGAGAGAAAUGCGGAGAGGGGCUCUUUAAAAAAAAAGAGAGAGAGGAAUAAGGAGGAGAGGAAGGAGAAGGAAUUCUUCAAAGCAGCAAAGGGUUCUCCACACCCAGAGACAGCCGCUGCCUCCACACUUGCAAAUGUUCCGUAUGCAGAGAUUUGUCCUCCAAGCGCCUUGCGAACAAAAGAUCAGAGCUCGUCCAUCUCUCCCAGUGUACAUAGAAGAAUCCAAGGUGGUAAUCAACCUUUUCUUAUUGUAUAGAAAUUGGUCCACUUUGUGAGCUAUGGAUUGCUUUUCCUUUAUCAUUUCUCACUCAGAGCUCUUUCUGCCUCUUGAGCAUCCUUCUCUUCUCUUCUCUUCUCUUCUCUUCUCUUCUCUUCUCUUCUCUUCUCUUCUCUUCGUUCCUCGUUCUUGAAUUCACCAAUUUUAAAAGGGGAGAAGGGAAAAACAUGAAAGCAAAUGGUUUCCCCCCCCCAUGUAAUUGUGGUAUUGAAUAUUGUGUUCCCUUUAAAAGAGGCAACUUUGAUUGUAAACUUCAUUGAAAUAUAGAUCUGAAAGAUUUUUUUAAAAAGUGCCAAAGUCUCUAUGUUGUUUUCAAAACGACCCAGAUAAAUUUUCCCCUUCUCCCAACACUUGUGAAUGUAUUUUCUGUUAGCUGGGUUUACAUGUGAUGUUUUAGUGCUUUUUGCUAGUUCCUGUUUGAAAAUUUGUGGGGGUGGGGGCAGGGAAAAUAAAUGUAGUGCUGUUAGGGAUUUUUUUUCGUAAUAACACCCUUCCUUGUGUAAAUACCUAUUGCCAUAUUUAUCCAUUUGUAAUUAAAUUAUGGUAUUAACUUGCUACAGAGGAAACAGUAUUUAUAAAAAAUGUUUCUUAACUAUAAAUAUGUACAAUUGUGAGCAUAAACUGUUUCAGAAUUUUUUUAUUUGGAGGUUUAUGUGGUUUCAUCAUUUCUUGUGAUUUUUUUUUGAGAGUAAUGCAUACAGAAAUAUAAUAAAAUGUGUUGAAACUGCA